UGAAUGAAAGAGAGCGACAGAGAUAAAGAGAGAAGUUAAACAUUUGGGAAAUAAUCCACUUUCUAUUGCGUCAAACUGAUUCGAUCGAAACCAAUCGGCAACUCGCAUCGGUGGGCACUGAUUUUCGUUUCACACCCCCGUGAACCCGUUGCCAUUCCACCCCCAUACGAGGCGAAUGCGAGAGGGGAGCUUGGCUCGCUGGAGCAGCAGGUAAGGAUAGCGUCCCAGUUUUACGCUGGCCAUCAGGGACUACUAGUGCCAUCGGAAUACACAAUAAUAGUAAUCGCUGCGAUUGCGUUAUUUAUAAAAGAGAGAGAUUUAAUUUGCAACAAAUUUAGCGUGAUACCAACAUUCAACAUUCAUAUCGAUUUCAACUCAUUUCUGAAGCAACAAAGCAAACAAUAACUUAGUUCGAAAAUUAACAAAUUAAUUGGGUCAUCAUACUGCGAAUAAUUAAUUACAAAUUAGACAGAUUUUAUAUUACAAAACUAAUAUCAAUUAAUCACACAUUAAUUCGUUAAGUCAAUAAGAAUUAAGAUUUAAGAAUCUACGAGAGAAGAAAGAAGGAAACAGAUCGUUAAUUCUUUCGAAAUAUUCACGUUAUGACGAAUGACAACGCGAUCGCCGCGGAUACUUCGAAAAAAUCCAUGGACUUCGCGCGGAAGGAGCUGAGCGCGAUAUUGGACAAAAUAGAAGACUUGAGACUUCCAAUUAAAGCCUGGCGGAUGCUUCGUGCUCGUUCGCGACUGCGACCAACGAAAUUGAUAAAAGUCCGCACAAGGCACCUGUGGCUCUUGUUGCUGAUCGCCACGUGGAUUGUGGUGCAAGUCGCGUGGACGUACGUGCUAGCGUAUCGACAUAGUAAGUGUUGGAUAACGACGCCCUCGUUUGUGCAAAAACUUUUCCGACCGCCCCAAGACUGUUCGAUCUGCCAGGAUAUUCAACAGGUUGACAAACUCUCCGCUGUCGAUCCAACGAUCUUUGAACAACGCUACGCGUAUUCAGGGAAGCCAGUAGUGAUAAGCGACGCAAUGACAAAUUGGACAGCAUCUACAGUGUUCUCCUUUUCGUUUUUCAAAACGCUCUAUCACGGAGAGGAAGCGAAUUGCCAGUUUUUCCCAUACAAAACGGAAUUUCGGAGUCUGCAGGAUGUUUUCGACAUGAGCGCCGAUCGAGCCAUGAUGGAAAAGGGAACGACGCCUUGGUAUGUCGGAUGGAGCAAUUGCGACGAGAAAAUUGGCGUAAUAUUGAGGGAGCAUUAUCAGAGACCGUAUUUUCUUCCCGCCACUGCCGAAAGCAAGAAAACGGAUUGGAUUUUCAUGGGAAGUAAUGGCUAUGGCGCACCGAUGCACGUGGACGAUGUGGAUUAUCCUUCCUGGCAGGCGCAGAUAAAGGGUGAAAAAUUGUGGAUUUUAGAUCCGCCGAGAGAGUGUCACUACACAUGCAAGAGGCUGGAAGUGAUUGUACAUACCGGAGAGAUAAUUGUCUUGGAUACGAAUCGAUGGUACCACCAAACGAAAAUCAUUUCUGAUGAUAUGAGCAUUACCAUCGGAGCUGAAUAUGAUUGAAGCGAGCAAAGUUCGAAAGCUGAUUUAAUUAUAUGACAGAUUAUGUAACGAAAACAAUCGACAAAGAAUUUGUUAUAAAAAAGUCCCUGUGUGCAAAUAUACAAACUAAUAAAAUGUGAUAAGAGUAAAA